CGCAGUUAUCAACGUCAAUAGAGUUCAAAGUUAUUGUAAAUUUUCCUUUUAUAUAGAACUGAUUACUGGAGUCAUUCAUUCGAACCAUUCCGUUAUCCAUUUUGUGAAUUGUGAUGACAAAAGUGUUCAUUGCGCACGCGUUCUCACAGCGCGACGGUCGUUAUACGUACACAAAACAAAUAUAUUUAAAACAUGAAUGUGUGUAGCUGUUGAGCCUUAAAUCGUUACUUUUUGUUUAAUUAACUUUUAUAUCAUUAGUGUAUAUUAAAAAUGAGUGCCAAAAAUACGAAAAUCUUCGAGGACGAAAACACGGAUUCCGGUUUUCUGUCUGGACCUUUAAGUGAACAGCUGGACCAAGAUUCGUCGGACGACUUAGUCAAGUUGGAUUCCAAGCCCGAUGUGGCGGAAUGUGAUAAAGUGGCCAGUGAUAAAUCAGAGCUCGAAAGUGGUAUUGAUUUGUGUUACGGUCUUGAUAAUGUUACUAUAAGUGAUCCACCACCCGUUCCAGAGGGCACAUUAAUAGUUGUUGACACUGAUAAGAGACAGGAAAUAUCAGCUCGAGAUAUACCGUUAUUGUUCCAGCAGGACGAGGAUGGUGACGAGCAGCUACACAUUGCAGCGGUCCAUGGCUGUGAGAAGUCAGUGGGCACCCUCAUAAGGAUAUGUCCUGACAAGUCAUGGCUGGACGUGCCCAAUGAUUACGGUCACACAGCACUGCACCUGGCUGCAAUGGCCGGACAUGCGGUGGUCGCUAGGAUGUUGGUUCGGGCGGGGGCCUCCCUGUACUGCAGAGACGUAACCGGAGAGACGGCACUUCACAAAGCUGUAGCCGGAAACCACCUCGAAUGUCUUCAAGCUCUGCUCGCGCCAGUAGCAGAACAACCGCCCAGGAAGCUAUCAUCUCUAUUGAACCAGAAGAACUAUAAAGGUCAGAUGUGUGUCCACGUGGCGGCGGCUAAGGGUCACCUGGAAGCCAUCCAGACCCUCGUCUACUUCGGAGCCGACAUCAACGCCAGGGAGGGUCUCGCCGGCUGGACGGCGCUCCACAUGGCCGCUCACCGCGGGGACGGGCGCCUGGUCCGUCACCUUAUGGACAAGUGCGGCGGGGUGGCGCCCUACGUGACGGAUUACGCGGGCCGCACGCCCGGGCGGGUCGCCGCGCCCAGCGUCAGGGGGAUGUUCGCUGACAGAGACGACUCGGACUCGGACGAGUACGACAGCGACAGCGACUCGGACAGUCUGUUCGCCAAGAUCCGUCAGAGCGCCAGCGCCAUCGACGUGGCGUGAACCGCCGCCGCCACCCCGUCACCACCGUCACCCCUCAUCACGACCCAUCACCGGCAGCCGGGCGCCAUAUAUAUAUUAUAAGAUAAACGAGCGCCCGCCGGGAGACGGCGAGGCGAGGAGUUGUUGACAGACGGACACACAGCCCCUCUCACCACAGCCGAGUGUUCCUCCUGUGUCACAAUGUGACAUUGAAUGUAAUCGGCGUGUAUAGCAUGUAUUAAAGACGCGCGUCUGAGUCUUCCGCCGCCGGCGGUGUGUCGCGGAGCCUAUAAUAUUGUAUGUAGUGUGUAGAACUCGCGCGCCUCCCCUCCCGCCUCCCCCCACCACACGUGUCGUGACGUGUGUCCGAGCCCCGUCUCGCUCGUGCUUUGUGAUCGAAGUCGUGUCGCAGCCGGCGGCCGUCGGUGGGCCACUGGUCGCGGGAGGGGAGCGCCCUUCGACUGCUAGUCUAGUUAUUUAAAGUGGUUUGUGACCUGUAAGUAGACCAAAUAAAAUUAUACGACUAUUCUAAGGAGCCUAAUGUUUUAUUUCCCCCACUCCGAGUCCCGUCAGUGCGCCGACCCGCCGGCUGUGUGUCCGUCUGUCCGUGUUCCUUCGUAUAUAAUAAACGUCAUGGUAAUCGACAA